UCAAUUUUCAACAUCGACCAAUAAAUGAGGGAUCUCAUAAAAAAAAUUAUUAAAAGAAAAAAUUAUAAAGUUGAGGAACAAGUAAACAAAUGAAAGAAACAAACAAAGACUAUGGCAGCAUUCUUGAAUAGUCCCUUCCUGUUCUCAACUCUUCUUUUUCUCCACAGUCUGUUCUUAUACUCCUCAAGUGAGCAUCAACACUACAUCAGUUACUCAUCACAUUCAUCAAGCUUUUCAUUUGAUGAUCAAAAUCAUAGCCUCAAAUUUGGAAACACCCAAAUUUCUCAUUCUUCUUCUCCCACUGAUGGCUUUCUCUCAAAUACUUCCAAUAUUAGUAAUGGCACUUCCAUUAAUGGAAGUGGAAGUAGUAGCCUUGUUACUACAAUUUCCACAACUAAUUAUUAUACUGGUAAUCAUCAUGGCAGAGAUAAGAAACAGAAUAAGAAGAAGAAUUUGAAGAUUUUGGAAGAGGGUUUGGCCAGAGCCAGAGCUGCAAUUAUUCAAGCUACUCGUAACACAAAUGGGAAGGAAGACUUCAAAUUCAUCUCCAAAAGAUCAAUUUACAGAAACCCUGAUGCCUUUUAUCAGAGCCACAUCGAAAUGGAGAAACGGUUCAAGGUAUGGACUUACAAGGAAGGAGAGCUACCACUAGUUCAUGAAGGACCAUUGAACAACAUAUACUCAACAGAAGGACAGUUUAUUGAUGAGAUGGAGAGUGGGGCAAGCCAAUUCUCAGCUCAACAUCCUGAACAAGCCCAUGUUUUCUUCCUCCCAUUUAGUGUGGCUCGGCUUCGUCGAUUUGUGUUUAAACCCGAACCAUCCUUACCACAGGAACGCCUCAAUUUGUUCGUAACUGAUUAUAUACGAGUCAUAUCGAGUAGGUACCCAUUCUGGAAUAGAUCUGCUGGUGCUGACCAUUUCAUGGUUUCUUGUCAUGAUUGGGGACCAAAUAUAUCUAUUGGUAGGCCCGAACUCUUCAAAAACUUCAUUAGAGUUCUCUGCAAUGCCAACACCUCAGAAGGUUUUCUUCCGGAAAGAGAUGUAUCACUACCUGAAGUAAAACUCCCAUUCGGACAGCUAACUCUCCCAAAGCAUGGUGUACCUCCAUCAGAACGCUCAAUCCUUGCCUUCUUCGCUGGUAGGGUACAUGGUAGAAUAAGAAAAGUACUGAUGAAACAUUGGAAAGAUAAAGAUGUGGAAGUUCAAGUUUACGACUACUUACCAAAAUCCCAAAGUUAUGCUGAAAAGAUGGGCCAAAGUAAGUUUUGUCUGUGCCCCAGCGGAUGGGAAGUUGCAAGUCCACGAGUUGUGGAAUCCAUUUUUGCUGGUUGCAUUCCAGUUAUAAUUUCCACCAGUUACCUGCUCCCUUUUAGUGAUGUACUUGAUUGGAGCCAGUUUUCCGUUACAAUACCUGUUCAGAAAAUACCUAUGAUUAAGGAUUUGCUGAAAAGUAUAUCGGUUAGUGAGUAUACGAAAAUGCACAGGAGACUGAAACAAGUACAGAGACAUUUCACAGUGAAUCGACCUUCGAAGAGGUUUGAUCUGAUUCGGAUGGUACUCCAUUCUGUGUGGCUAAGGAGAUUAAAUGUUGGGUUGAUCUCUUAAUGUUUGUUGCCAACCAGCUAGAAAUGUAGUCGAAUUUGAAAUAGUACUAUGAAGAAAAAAAAAAAGAUACAGUAUUUGUUACUAUUUUAUUUGUAUGCAAACCUUCCUCCUUGUUACCUGCAGCUCUUCUUUCUAAUUCCACAAAAGAAGAAGAGAAGGAUGGUCUCCUCUGAGCGCCCUGCAUUAUUCAAGUCUCCAUGUCUUCUACAUAACACUCUUUUCUAGUCAGUUAUACCUCCUCCUAUUGCUCUAAUGAAAACUUGCACAAGCUAUGUUUCAGAUACUGAAACUCAGUUUAUGAAACAAGCGUUUGAUCAAUGCGAGUCGGUGAUGAUGCAUUAAGAUACUUUGAUAUAAUGGUUGUCAUGAACCCCUUGCCAUAGACUUUUGGAAGCACACAAUCGAACUUCACUGACACCAAGGCUAAUGCACACCUCAUAAAUUCAUCAGGACAUCCACCAAACAAAUUCGCAUAAGAUUGGCACACAUCGGGUCAUGAU